CCAGGCCCUGUGCGUAACGUGUGUAGGCUAUGCAGACCCAGAACCGACAGCGUUCCGCUGAUCUCAUCGGUUAACGGACUAAAGAAAGGAUGAGGGCUUGAGAAAACACCGUAUCGUUACCGAAUACCGUGACGGAAGUGUAAUGCAACAGUGAAGAUAUCUUGUCGCUCACGCCAUGCGGAUGGCGCGUUAGGUGAAACUGUAAGCUAAUGUAUGUCCGGUCAGCUGUUUUUAUUCACCGAGAGACAGCAGCAUCACCGGGACGUGUGCACGAGACCACAGACUAGCCUAUACCGGCGAUCCGGACCACUACAAACGGGCUGGACUAACGGAGAGGUGGACGCAGAGAGAGAAAAUAAAAGAGUGUGAGAGUGAGAGAUGGAGUUUAAGCAGCUGGUGGAGGUGGCGGAGAAGUGGUGUUCGUCGGUUCCGUUCGAUCUGAUCUUCGCGGAGGAGGAUGAUGAGAGAAGACUGGACUUCUACGUAGAACCGGGAAUCUCUUUCUAUGUCCUUUGUCCGGAUAACAUGACGGGAGGGAUUGAGCAUUUCCAUGUAUGGAGUGAGAGUGAGGACUGCCUGCCAUUCCUCCAGGUAGCUCAGGACUACAUCACUUCCUGUGGAAAGAAAACACUUCUAGAGGUCCUGGACAAAGUGUUCACUUCCUUUAGACCUUUGCUGGGUCUACCGGACAUAGAUGAUGAGACGUUUGAGCAGUACCAUGCAGGCAUGGAGGAGGAACCAGAGGCAGACCACCAGCAAAUGGGAGUCAGCCAGCAGUGAUGCCCACACAUGAGGUGUCCAGUAGGGCUACAAUAACUACCCAUUCCCCUGGUCUCAUCACCUACAACAACACACAGGCCCAACCCCCUGUAGCGACUAUAAACAGUCAUAAUGUAUACUCACACACACACACACACAGGACAGCCUGCUUCUCCAAAGCUUUGCUCCCCAGAUUGUGCAGUCCCUGCCUCCCUCCCCUCCCCCCACACACACACACACACACACACACACACACACACACACUAGAGGUCG